AUGGAUUAAGAUUCAAAAUUGAGCUAAUUCAUUUCUCCUAGAUAGAAUGCUUUACAAAUAUAAGAUUAAGAUGAAACACAAAAAGUGAAUGAAUCUUAAUAAAAAAUGAUUUUUAAAAGUAAAAUACAGAAAUUCAGAACUGAAGACUUCUCAUUAAGAAGAAAACUAUAAAACUAGAGUCUGUUUGGAAAAAUGAAAGUAUUAUGUAAAGGAAUGCAAUAAUAUAUUUACAUAUUAUUAGAAGAUCCUAACUCUUCUUUAAUAGCUUAUUGUUUGCAAUUCCUAUUAUUAACUAGUAUAUUGUUAUCAUGUGUUGCAAUUAUUGUAGAUUCAUUAAUGGAAAACAGUAUGAUAUUUAAUAAUAAAAUAGAAAGUAAUUCUCAAUAUGACGACAUUUCAUUUUAUUUAGAAUAUUAUCUAUUCAUUUUCUUUGGUUUAGAAUAUUUAUUGAGAAUGUUUAGUUCAACUGCUUUUGAUUCUAAAUUAGUCAAAUUUAUUUUUUCUCCUUUAAAUUUAAUAGAUUUACUUGCAAUAAUGCCUUUUUUAUUUAAUCUCAUAUUUGAAGGUGCUAGUCUAUCUGGAUUAAGAGUAAUUAGAAUUAUACGAUUUAUGAGAGUGUUUAGAUUAUUUAAACUUUCAAGAUUUAUGAAGGAUAUGUUAAUGAUUGUAAAUAUAUGAAUCACUUAAAAAGGUAGAUACAGUAAAGCAUUCAGCCAAAGACAUAAUAAUAUUGAUUACAAUGUUCUUUUUUUUGGUUUUAUUUUUCUCCAUUGUAAUGUAUUAUUUGGAAUAUGAUGAUAACCAAAUUAUUGAAGAUGAAUAAAAAAUACAUUCAAUUACUGAAGCUGUUUGGUGGUGUAUAGCAACAAUGACUACAGUUGGAUAUGGUGAUAAAGUACCUUUGAGUGUUCCAGGGAAAUUUAUAGCUUGUAUAGCAGCCUUUCUUGGAAUUACAUCUAUUUCAUUGUAUAUAAUAAAAAUAACAAUAGACCUGUUGCAGUUAUGGGAAUGAAUUUGACUUAAACAUUAAAAGAACAUGAAGAAAAUAUAGAAAUUUAAAAAUUGAAGGAUUAAUUUGUAAUGGAAAAUGAUACAGAAUUUAUUAAUAAUAAAAAAGAAUAAACACAAUUAAAUAUUAAAGAAUUAAAAUUUAUGGAAAGAAGAUUAGAAUAAUUAUUAGAAAAUAAUUAGAAAGUAAUGGAUUAUGUUGAAUAAUCUCAAUAAUUAUUUGAUGAAGUAACUUNUUAUUAAAAUAGUUAUAUAAUUAUUUAUUAAAUAUUAAAUUUUAGAAUUGAAUGGAUUAAGAUUCAAAAUUGAGCUAAUUCAUUUCUCCUAGAUAGAAUGCUUUACAAAUAUAAGAUUAAGAUGAAACACAAAAAGUGAAUGAAUCUUAAUAAAAAAUGAUUUUUAAAAGUAAAAUACAGAAAUUCAGAACUGAAGACUUCUCAUUAAGAAGAAAACUAUAAAACUAGAGUCUGUUUGGAAAAAUGAAAGUAUUAUGUAAAGGAAUGCAAUAAUAUAUUUACAUAUUAUUAGAAGAUCCUAACUCUUCUUUAAUAGCUUAUUGUUUGCAAUUCCUAUUAUUAACUAGUAUAUUGUUAUCAUGUGUUGCAAUUAUUGUAGAUUCAUUAAUGGAAAACAGUAUGAUAUUUAAUAAUAAAAUAGAAAGUAAUUCUCAAUAUGACGACAUUUCAUUUUAUUUAGAAUAUUAUCUAUUCAUUUUCUUUGGUUUAGAAUAUUUAUUGAGAAUGUUUAGUUCAACUGCUUUUGAUUCUAAAUUAGUCAAAUUUAUUUUUUCUCCUUUAAAUUUAAUAGAUUUACUUGCAAUAAUGCCUUUUUUAUUUAAUCUCAUAUUUGAAGGUGCUAGUCUAUCUGGAUUAAGAGUAAUUAGAAUUAUACGAUUUAUGAGAGUGUUUAGAUUAUUUAAACUUUCAAGAUUUAUGAAGGAUAUGUUAAUGAUUGUAAAUAUAUGAAUCACUUAAAAAGGUAGAUACAGUAAAGCAUUCAGCCAAAGACAUAAUAAUAUUGAUUACAAUGUUCUUUUUUUUGGUUUUAUUUUUCUCCAUUGUAAUGUAUUAUUUGGAAUAUGAUGAUAACCAAAUUAUUGAAGAUGAAUAAAAAAUACAUUCAAUUACUGAAGCUGUUUGGUGGUGUAUAGCAACAAUGACUACAGUUGGAUAUGGUGAUAAAGUACCUUUGAGUGUUCCAGGGAAAUUUAUAGCUUGUAUAGCAGCCUUUCUUGGAAUUACAUCUAUUUCAUUGUAUAUAAUAAAAAUAACAAUAGACCUGUUGCAGUUAUGGGAAUGAAUUUGACUUAAACAUUAAAAGAACAUGAAGAAAAUAUAGAAAUUUAAAAAUUGAAGGAUUAAUUUGUAAUGGAAAAUGAUACAGAAUUUAUUAAUAAUAAAAAAGAAUAAACACAAUUAAAUAUUAAAGAAUUAAAAUUUAUGGAAAGAAGAUUAGAAUAAUUAUUAGAAAAUAAUUAGAAAGUAAUGGAUUAUGUUGAAUAAUCUCAAUAAUUAUUUGAUGAAGUAACUUAAGAUCUAAUGAGUUUAUAUUCAGCCUUGACUGAAUAAUUAGAUCUCCAUAUAGAGACAAAAAUGAAGAAUUUGAAAGCUAGACAUCGUGUAAUUUUAUGUAGUAUUUAUUUUAGAUAAUGAAAAUGGAAAAGAAUCUUAAUCAAAAGAAAUCAAUAGAAUUGAGUUAAAUAGUAUCAGCAUUUAAAGAAAAAUAGAAAUUGAUAUCUUAAGGUUCUAUUCUAAUGUGUGAAGAAAGUUAAGCUGAUGUCUUUAGUAUUGCAAGUAGAUAAAGCAAAUAAUAUACUGCAAGAAAGAGUUAAAAAUUAAGAAGUAAAAAUAAUAGAGGCUCUUAUAUGUGUGUUAUUAAUAAUAGCAAUCAUAAUCCAUUUAAAACUUAAACAGAUUAUAAUGAUCCAGAUCCUCAUUAGAAUAGUAUUAUCUAUGCUUAAGUCAGUUCAAGAAAUUCUGCAUUUAAUUAAGAUAUGCUAUAAAAUAUAGGUGGAAAUGCUGAAUUUAAAUUCAAUCUUGAAGAAUCAAGUGGUAAUAUUGAUGAAGAUGAUGAUAAUGGAGUUGAUCUAAGCAGUAAAAUGUAAAGUAUCUCAAACAUUUAAGACUUUAAAUUGAAAAAUAGUAUUAAAAAUAAUAAUUUAUGA